AUGCGCGCGCCUACCCUCUCAGUUGCCCUGCUGGCCGCGGCAGGUCGCAUUACUUUGGCACAUGUCCUGACCGAUGCCAAGAGCGCGUCCACAUCAUGGGGUGAGCUCUCGGCUUACGCAGAUAACAAGGAAGAUGCCUUUGGUGUCGGCUACGUCGGUCUUCCCGAUGGCUGCCAAGUUGAAUCAGUGAGCACGCUUCAGCGCCAUGCUGAACGCUUCCCAGACUCCAUAGACAAUGCCACCACGGGGCGCUUCGCCCAGAAGCUUGCCAACUUUCAAGAUGCCCACAAGGGCAAGGAGUUUACCGGCCCUCUCAAGUUCCUGAACAGCUACCACUACAUCAUCAACAGCACCGGCCUGCUCACUGGCAUAGGCGCCAGCACCGAGUCUGGCAGGGGCGUUGCCUUUUGGACCAAUUACGGGCGUACGCUAUUCGAUGCCGAGACGGGUCAGAUCCGGUACAGCGGCCUCUUUGGCAACGGCACUGAACGUCCGAAGAUCACGGUCCGCACCACGAGCCAGUCUCGCAUCCAAAACUCGCAGAUCAACUGGUCGCUCGGCUUCUUCGGCCCGUCGUACAACUCUACGCCUGAGCCCGACCUGCUGCACUGGCAGGCGCCGUUUAGCACCGUCAUCAUUCCCGAGGGCGGCACUGAGAACAAUACACUUGCUUCCUAUGAUAGCUGCACAAACUCCAAUAACAAGGACAAUGGCGAUGUUGCUGCCGUCAAACAAGAGCGAUACAAGAAAAUCUACACUCGCGCGGCCAUAAAGCGCUUUGAGAGUUAUGCUCCUUCUGGCUUCAACUUUACUCACGACGACAUCUACGGCAUGCAGAUGACGUGUGCCUACGAGUACGGCUAUAUUGGCCAGUCUGACUUUUGCCAAAUCUUCACCGCCAACGAGUGGGCUGGAUUUGAAAAUGUCCUGGACCAGCAGUACUACUAUCUAUACAGCUACGGCAACCCUACCGGUCGCGCCCAGGGUGUCGGCUAUGUCCAAGAGCUGAUUGCCCGUCUAAACCACCAGUACAUUACCGUCUCCAACUCAUCCGUCAACUCCACCUUUGACAACAACGGCAAGACUUUUCCACUCGGCCAACAGGUUUACGCUGACUUUUCUCACGAUGACAUUAUCAUCUCCGUCCUGACCGCCCUGUCCGUGGACUACAUCAAGAAGCCGCCCACGCUAGACGAGUACCCUCCCAGCUCCAACACCCACGUCACUCUGUCGCACCUCACUCCGUUUGGCGCCAACCUCAUCACCGAGCAGAUUGGCUGCUCGUCUGGCAGCCCGGAGCCUGUCGAGAACCGUCGCGUGCAGUACACGCCGGGCCAGUACGGCUACAAGCCUAAGAAUGCCACCCACAAGUUUAUCCGCAUGCGCUUGAACAAUGCAAUUCUGCCGCUCAAUACGAUUCGUGGUGGAAAAUGCGGCAAUAGCACCACGGGCCGUCUCGAUGGCUUGUGUGAGCUUUCCGCGUUUCUUGAGAGCCAGGCCAACGCUUUCAAGGAUAGCAAUUACCAGUACGCAUGCUUUGGCAAUUAUACGCUCAAGAACUCGACUACCCAUGUUGACUAUGACGGUACCAUUUUUGCUGGCAAAAUCUACAACUAA